AUGGUGGGGUCACAGAGUACCUCAAGAAGGAUAGAUACUUUUCUUCUUCAUGAUAGAAUUCACCCACAAAGCCACUUGAUUGUUGACCUACUAGCCAAGAGAAAAACUAUCUCCUAUGUGGGGUGCAUGUUGCAACUCUUUGGGGCCCAUUUCUUAGGUUGCACUGAGAUCUUCAUCCUCACUGUAAUGGCCUAUGAUCGUUAUGUGGCUAUCUGUAAAUCCCUGCACUACACUAAGACGUUGCGGGGAAUCUGGGCAGGUGGGUUCCUACCCUCCGCUGUCCAGGUGGCUCUGGUAGUCCAGCUGCCCUUCUGUGGGCCCAGAGAGAUCAAUCACUACUUUUGUGUCGUGCACGCUGUCCUGAAACUUGCCUGCGCAGACACAUAACUUGUGGGUGCUGUUGUGACAGCCAACAGUGGUACCAACGCCCUGGGGAGCUUUGUUAUCCUGCUGAUCUCCUACACCAUCAUUCUGGUGUCCCUGAGAAAGCAGUCAGCAGAAGGCAGGCGCAAAGCUCUCUCCACCUGCGGCUCCCACGUCGCUGUGGUCAUCAUCUUCUUUGGUCCCUGUACUUUCAUGUAUAUGCGCCCUGAUACUACCUUUAGAGAAGAUAAGAUGGUGGCUGUAUUUUACACAAUUAUCACCCCCAUGUUAAAUCCCCUGAUUUAUACACUGAGAAACGCAGAAGUAAAGAAUGCAAUGAAGAAACUGUGGGACAGGAAGGUUUUCUGGGAGGCUAAUGGAAAAUAG